GAAAGGUGCCAGAGUGAUGCUAACAUCUAAUAUUGAUAUCAAUGAUAGACUCAUAAAUGGUCAAAUGGGGACUGUACAUAGUAUUGGUAUUAACCCAACUACAAGCAAAGUAACUGUUGUCUACAUAAAAUUUGAUGAUAGUCAAGCUGGAAAUAUUUUGAUGCAAAAACACUCUUCAAAUGUUGUUAUUAGAAAUCACAGAGUUGUGCCUAUUGAACAGAUAUUAGCUAAAAUUAAGAUUCGCUCUAAUAAGCCAUCUUCCCCUGUCAUUCAAAGAAUACAAUAUCCUAUUGCUCUUGCUUGGGCCUGUACAGUUCACAAAGUUCAGGGACUAAGUCUUGAUAAAAUUGUUAUCAGUUUUGAGUUAUUCAAGCAAAAAUCUUUCAAUUUUGGACAAGUCUAUGUUGCACUUAGCAGAGCACGUUCUUUACUAGGAAUCCAUCUUCUUACUAAACUUGAAAGUAAACAUAUAAAAGCAGAUAAAAGAGUACAUGAUGAGUAUCAAAGAUUAAAAAGCAUUCCAAGUGCAAAUGAUGCAUCCUUGCUUGAUAUGGCAGUAUUUCACGUAUCUCUUUUGAACAUACGCUCUCUUAGGAAACAUGCUAUUGACUUGAAGUUUGAUAUGAACAUAUUUGAUUGUGAUGUCAUUGCUUUGACAGAAACUCAGCUUCUCCCCCACGAUACUGAUGAAGAAAUAAGAAAAAAAUUAAAUCCAAUGACACUUUACAGACAAGAUCAUAGUUCUGAWAAAUUUUGUAGUUUGGCAGUUUGUACUAAACCAAAUGCCUUUUUUGAGCAUAAACAAUAUUUUCCAGAGCUUAAUGCUUUAAAAUUUGUGAUGUCAAUUGAUUCGGGUGAGAAAGUUUGGACAUGCCUAUUAUUGUACAAAAAGAAAAAUAUUCACAUCAAUCAUUURGCCAAUACUCUUGGCUCUGUACUUGAGAAUAAUAUGAUUGAUAUCAUAUUUGGAGAUUUUAACAUUGAUUUCUUUGAUGACCAAGCAGUUCAGUGUCUGAAAGCAAUAAUGAAUACACAGAAUUAUGUGCAAGUUGUACAAAAUGCAACAUUUCUGUCUGGUUCUUUGCUAGAUCAUGUUUAUGUAAAGUGCCCAUUYCAUUCUGCAAUUGUUCAAAACUUUGUAAUUAGUGUUUAUUUUUCAGAUCAUGAUGCUGUCAAACUUUCAAUACGUUUAUGAGGGUAUUGUUUCUUUACUUAGUGCUAUCAAAUUCUCAAAUUUGAUAUAACAAGACAAUGCAAAAAAAUUAUUUCACACAAUAUACAGUUUGUUACAAUAUUAACUUAAAAAGUACAUGUAAAUAAUAACAUGACUAUUAAUUGAACUAAUUAUGUACUCAAAUCAAUGUUUAAACCUCACACAAGGUUCUUGUUUAUUUAAUCAACCAACCUGAACUAUUGAAAUGUAAUAAUGAUACAGAUUUGCUGUUUAACACUCUACACAAUAAACAUGGAUCGAAAACCCAAAAAAGCUCGUCCUAAAGACAAAGGACUAAAAACUGGGCCUUCAACAUCAGCAAUUCAGAAAGUUACUCUUUCAAAUGAUCAAAGUGAGCAUGCAGGACCUUCAACAUCAGGAAUUCAACAAGCUAUUCCUCCAAAUGCUGAAAGUAAACGUGCAGGAUUAACUGAAACCCUGUCUGCAAGCAAUAAAUUUACAGAGCUGUCUUCUAUAGAUGUUGAUAACAACUCAAGCACUGUGACAAUUAAGGUCAAGAUAACAUCAAAAYUCCUUAAGAAUGUAUCCACUGGUAGUAUUUUGGAGAUGGAUUUGUGUGAUGGUGGAUCAUUUUGUAGGUGUAUAGCCUGGAACAACCUAGCUUCUUUCUUUAAUAAUAAGCUAUCAUUGAAUAGUACUUAUGAGAUGUCAGGAYUAUCAGUAAGAAAGAUUAAGCCACAGUUUCAAAAACAAGGGUCUCUGCCCAUUGAAAUUAUUCUUUCAGGGGGUGUAAAGAUAAAAAUAUCUGAUGAUGAUAUUCAGGCACCUGAUACUCCUUAUUGUACAAUAGAUAGUCUGAAUCAAGCUCUAAGUCAAAGAGUAAAUGUCAUAGGAAUAGUCAAAUCUUAUGACAAUCCAACCCCACAAACAACUCAACAAGGAAAAACUGUAAUGAAGAGAGAAAUAAUAAUAGCAGAUGAUAGCAAUAAGGAGACAACAGCAACCCUGUGGGGUGAAGUAGCAACUUCGUUUAGCUUAGAGGGACACCCAGUCGUAGAAAUAACAAAUUCCCCUGUCAAGUCAUUUAAAAACAAAGCAACAAUUUCAGUUACAAAUAUAAGGGAAGAUAAUACUUCUCCUCGAAGUGAAAAACUUAAGACAUGGUUCAAAGAUAACCCAUGUACAACUCCAGUUUCAACUGCCAAACGGCGUUUAGAUAUUGGAACUUACAGUAAAGUUCCAAUAACCCAGCUGUCCAAUAUUGCUGRUGGAGAAGAAGUACAAGUUGAGACACAAAUAGAAAYUGCAGACUGUGACAUAUACGUAGCUUGUAAAAUCUGUAAAACAGCUGUUAUUACAGUUUUAGAUGAGGAGUACUGCCCUAAGUGCAAUAAGAAUACUGAYACUACUAAAAGAUUAGUUUUGUGUAUUGGGUUAAAAGAUUUUACCGAAAAUGUAAAAUUGUUUCAUGAUAAUAUGGGAUGUCUUACCAACAUUGAUGUCAAUGAACAUGAUUCGAAUGAGAUAUUAGAAUCAAUUAGACCUUUUCAUAACAAGCCUGGAUGUUUUUUGAUUUUAAAAAGAUCAAAAAAUGGCUUCUUGGAUUAUGUUAUCCUUGAUAUCACUUUUUAAGUGAUCUAAAGAAUGCUAAGCUUGAAUAGUCUGAAGUUUAUUUUCUGUUAAUGAAUUACUGUUUUUCCUACAAAAGGAUAUAAUGUUUUGCAUUCGAUGAAUAUCAUCUAUCAUCCAUGUUUUACUGUUGAGUUACAUAACUUUGUUUCAGUUUAAGAGUGUUAAUAAAAUUCUCUGUUGAUAUUCAAUGUUGUCCUUUAUUUAUAUAUUCUAUCAUAAAUACAAAUAAUCCAUUCUCAACAACCCUGGGCUUUUCUUCUAUCUCUAGUUCCUCGCUACAAAUGA